CUGAGGCAAUCCCUCAGUCACUUUCUGGUCUUCCAAACUUGAUCAAUCUGUUAGUCACAAUAUUUUAUUAAUUUCCAGUAAACUUGUUUAAAUAUCUAUUACUUGACUUUUAGUAGAACUAACAUUAUCAUCCAUGAACUUUUCUGGAACCUUGUCCCCUAGAAUAGGAAUUCUGAAGACUCUUACAACACUUACACUGAAAGGAAGUGGUAUAACUGGUGAGAUACUAGAAGAGUUUGGAAACUUGUCAAGUUUGACCAGCUUGGAUUUGGAAAAUAAUCAUUUAAGUGGUGAAAUACCACCUUCCCUUGGCAAACUUCAAAAGCUUCAGUUCUUAAACUGCCUUGAAGCAUUUCCUUAUUGUGGUCCAUUGAUGGUCACUGCAAUCCAAAAGGAACUCAAACCUGGUGAAGCAAUUUUGGAUUGGCCUACAAGAAAAAGAAUAGCCUUAGGUGCAGCACGCGUACGUGGGCUAGAAUACCUGCAUGAACAUUGCAAUCCUAAGAGCAUCCAUCAGGAUGUGAGGGCAGCUAAUGUAUUGUUGGAUGAAGACUUUGAAGCAGUUGUUGGUGACUUUGGCUUAGCAAAGUAGGUGGAUGUGAGACGGACUAAUGUGACAACCCAAGUUCGUGGGACAAUGCGCCAUAUAGCACCUGAAUACUUGUCCACUGGAAAGUCAUCAGAAAGAACAGACGUCUUUGGUUAUGGGAGUAUGCUUCUGGAGCUUGUAACUAGUCAACGUGCAAUUGACUUU